AUGUCUGUUACAGACUUUACAAUAACCGAUGAAAAAGUACACUUAAAUCACAGCAUUGAGAAAGAAAAAACUAUAAGACAUAUUGAUUAUUUCUCUUCACCAUACUCUGUGAAAAACAUUCAAGUUGGAAUCUAUCUGCUUCUGGUGGAUUUGUGUGAGAGAUUCACUUUCUUUGAAGUCGUCUGCAACAUGAUCCCCUUUUGCACUGUCAAGCUUGACUAUCGCAAUGACCAGGCAGCCAUUUUGAACUUGUGUUUUAUUGGAACUUCAAUACUUACCCCUGUGUUUGCUGGAUGGCUUGCUGAUGUCUAUUUGAGAAGAAACAAACUGGUAUAUAUUUGCUUAUUUCUACAUUUUCUUGGUACUGCUUUGUUAUCUGUGGUUGCUUUUCCAUCGGAUGAUGUCUAUCUGGGCCACUUCUAUGUGAUUAACAACAUUCUGAAAAAGGAACAACAUUGGCUGUUUUACGUAGCGCUCUUGACCAUCUGCCUUGGCAUGGGAGGAAUAAAAGCCAUUGUUUGUCCACUGGGAGCUUUCAGCCUUCAGGAGUAUGGAACAGAGAAAGGAAUGUCUUUUUUUAACUGGUUUUUUUGGCUCAUGAACCUAAAUUCAACUGUUGUCUUUCUGGGAAUAUCUUACAUCCAGUACUCAGGGACCUGGGCCCUUGUUUUACUUAUUCCUUUUAUGUCUACACUUAUGACUCUGAUAACUCUUCAUAUGAUGUCCCAUAACCUGAUUUAUCAGCCAGAAAAAUGUCUCUCUCUCCUGACAAUCUUUGGGGUAUUUGUUAAUGCACUGAAAAUAUACUGCCUGCAAUAUUGCCAUCUUGGCAGAAAUGUGACAAACUGGUUAGACCUCACCAAAGAAAAAUAUAGUGACCGUUGCAGUAAGCUUCCUGUGGAAGACAUCAAAUUUUUCUUCACCCUUCUUCCUCUCUUCAUUUUUCAGCUCUUAUACAGAAUGUGUCUCAUGCAGAUUCCUUCAGGAUAUUAUCUGCAGACCAUGAAUUCCAACCUGAACUUGGAUGGAUUUCUUCUGCCAAUUGCAAUAAUGAACGCCAUCAGCAUCCUACCAUUGCUAAUUCUGGCUCCUUUUCUGGAGUAUUUCAGCAACUGCCUGGUUCCCUUUAAGAGAGAUGGACCAUUUCUGUCAGCAUGCAUUAUUGCUGGAAAUCUUUUUGCUGUAUCCUCUGUGAUAGUAGCUGGUUUCUUUGAAAUAAGCAGAAAACACUUCCCUCCAGUGGAACAACCUCUUUCAGGCAAAGUGCUCACUGUUUCCUCAAUGCCCUGUUUUCACCUGGUUCUUCAGUACGUUUUACUUGGAGUGGCUGAAACACUGGUAAAUCCAGCUUUCUCUGUAAUAUCAUACAGAUUUGUUCCAAGAACCAUCAGAGGAACCUCUAUGAAUUUUUUGACACUAUUCAAUGGCUUUGGGUGUUUCACAGGGGCACUUCUGGUGAAGUUGGUAUAUCUCAUCUCAGAAGGUGAUUGGUUUCCAAACACAUUAAACAAAGGCAAUUUAGAAAGUUUCUUCUUCUUCCUGGCAUCAUUAACAUUGUUGAACGUCCUGGGAUUCUGGAGUGUUUCACAAAGAUAUUGUAAUCUAAAUCAUUUUAAUGUCCAGAACAUCAGUGGAAGUAAUCUUGAAGAAACACUUCCCCUCGACGAAAAGUCUCUGAAAUUUUAUGGCAGUAUACAGGAAUUUUCUUCAAGUAUUGAUCUUUGGGAGACAGCCCUAUGA